CCGCGCGCUUCCUUUUGCUCCUCCACUUGACAACUCAAUCGCAUCUUCACCGUCGACAGCAACAGCGAGCAAGCCCCCUCCCCGUCGCCCACAGCGAUCAGACCACCUUGCUCCUCACACCCUCAGCUGGUCCUCACCAUCGCAACCUCGCUGGGCUGCUUGGCGGUAUUUGUUCCAAGUGCUUAUUUAUCCCCAUCCCACGCGUCGCGCACGUCGUCCACCCGUUGCCCGCCCAUCCUUUCCUUUCCUCAACCUCUUCACUCGCCUAUAACUUCCUAGCAUCAGCAAUCGCACAUAUCUGCAUUUUUGGCAACUGUUUCAUUGUAUCAAUACUGGCAACUGUUCGCACCGCGUCACCUAGUCCUCAUCGCUCUCCUCCCCCGUUGAUGUCCAAUUUCUAGUCUCAUCCCAUUUCACUACGCUCAACAUCGCUUCUCUCCACCUUCUACUUAUUCAAUCUGGCGUCCCAAACCCUUCCUAAUCCUCCCGAAGAAGACCUGAUCAAUCGGUCCCUACUCGACUCACUUGAAGCUCAAGGCGACUCUGAGCCGUCUCCAAACACAUCUGCAGAUAUUGAUUCUUCUCACAUGGCUCAGGUGAGCGCACCGCCAUCUAACACGGGCUCUGGCAUGUCCUCCCCGGAGGCUUUCACCCAACCUUCCACGAUGAUCCAAUCCGACUCCCCCCAUACCUCCGACUUCAUGAAGCACACCGAUGGACUACAUCAUCCGACUGAUUUGAGCAGUCGAUUUGCCCCACAAUCAAGCGAAUUAUUUGCACAAGAUAACAGCACUUUGUUGUUGAGAUCACCUCACCAGGGUGGGCCCGGGUCUGGAGCGCUCAGCCCCCACCAGGCUGCCAUGAAUGAGUUCGCCUCUGGGCCUUUCAGGUCUUCCUUUAGUGCCUUUAAUGGAAGCAACGGCUCGGGUACCGGCACCCCCGGCGCCAAUGGUCUCGGAGGCACUCGCAUGCGUCAGCAAAGCGUUCCCGCUACUCAUCAGUCGUUCUCUAGUUCUGAUGCUCACGGACCCCUGGGACUGCAACAGCAAUUGUCUCAGCAAGGCAUCCCGUCUAAUUCGGCACCGUUUGACUCGCGUGCGAACGCAUUCGAGCUAGGUAGCCCUACGUCGAUCGGAGGUUUGAAAGGCGGUCAGCCUCAGCAGUUUAUCACUGCCAUGGACGCAUUUCACUCCCAUCCCAUCAAGCCAAGUCCUCAGCAAGUCCAUGACACUUAUCAACACCUUAACACUCGUUCGGGAACUCAAAUGUCAUAUAUGAAUGGGGUUCAGCUUCAAAGUCAAACUCCGUAUGGUCCACACCUGCAAUCCAACGGUUCUUCUGCAGGGCUGAGUGCAAGGGUGCUCGGUAACUCCGCUCAAAUCGGUCUCGGCGCUGGCGCUGGCGCAGGCAUGACGGCAGAAGGAAGUCCCGCCGGUAACUUACAGCAAGAGGAAAUCUCGACGAUCUUUGUUGUUGGAUUUCCGGAGGACAUGCAGGAGCGAGAAUUUCAGAAUAUGUUCACUUUUUCCGCUGGAUUCGAAGCGGCGACAUUGAAGAUCCCAAACAAAGAGUACACAGCUUACGGCUCCUCCGGCGGUCCUACGGGUGUCACGACACCGUCGGGAAUCCCCUUGCGCAGUAGCAAUUCGUUCUCUUCUGCUUAUCUUGGUGGAGGUUCCAAUGAUCCCUAUAACCUUGUGACUGUGAAUCAAGGUGGAGUCGUGGUCGACAAUGGCCGAGAUGGACCCACUACAUCGUGGCCCCCUCUUGCUACCCAUCCCCUCGACGAUCCAAGUCCUUUCGGUUCUGGUCCUAGUCAACAGGGCCAAGGGGGGCCCGGGAGUCAGCCUCCGAGGAAGCAAAUAAUAGGUUUCGCCAAGUUUCGCACCAGACAGGAAGCCCUGGAAGCGCGCGAUGUUCUUCAGGGGCGUAGGGUGGAUAUUGAGAAGGGCGCAAUCCUGAAGGCCGAGAUGGCGAAGAAGAACUUGCACACCAAACGAGGACCUGGCAACGGAGUGAGUACCAGCACUCCAACGACCAUGUCUGCUGGGAGCGGUGGCGUUGCUAGUGGAGGCUUGACGGGCGUAAAUGUUGCUGGUGGUAUGAACCUGGGUAACAUGAACGCCGACGCGCUGGCUGGUCUUGCCGCGAAUCUUAGCCUCAACCAUGCUAGUCUUAACCCAUUAGCUGGUUUGAAUGGUGACGCAUCUUCGAUUGCCCGUGGUCGCGACUUCAAUUCCGUCGGGUUUAACGAGCGCGGUACCAGUGCGGGUUGGCGCGAGCGUCUUGGUGACAGCAGCGAGGAUGAAACUGACGUUAACCUCAAUCGCGAACGCAGAAGGGAGGCUCUUAGUGCAAUGGGGCUGUCGCUAGGCGUUGGCCUGGGACUACGCGGUGCGCGUGAGCGUGCGCAAGCUGAAGAAGAUCAAGAGAGGGAUCGUUUCAGAAGGAAGGACUGGGACAAGGCUGACGUCUCUGGUGUAGCCGCACCCAGAAGGUUGCCAGGCCCUUCGGCAGCGUACGAAGCCUUCCACUCUGUCCCCCCCGGACUAGCACGCUACCCCAGUGGUGGGGCGGGUGGUAUUCUUGCACAAAGCGCUUCUAGCCCUGGCGAAAGUGGAAUGUCCAGCCCACUUCUCGGUCACCGUGAUAGUGCUAUCGGUCUCUGGGAUCCCCCGUCUUUGCGUGACCGCGAAGUUCUCAACUCCUCUCAGCCGCUCUCGUUGUACGCCCGGCGAGGCACGAUCGUCGCGCCCUCUUCUCAGGAAGGAUCUCCGCCAGGCAACCAGGUCCCAUUUUCUCCCCAAGAACUUGAGAGCGUGGAUAUGUUGCCUCAGCAUCGUGCUGCUCCCAACAGAGCGAUGAAUGCUUUCGCCUCUUCGGAGGAUCAACUGCGCCGAGAAGAUCAUCACAUUCCAACAUCUUUGCCUCCAUCCUCCAGUGCGACAUCUACCUCUAGCGUGGGUGGGGACGGCGAUAGUGGCGCACCUCUCGCUGUUGCUACAGGCAGUCGUCAAGUUGUAGGGAGUGCUGGCCCUACAUCCCCUCAGCUUCAUUCCCCUUCCUCAAACACCGGAUCAGCAACUUCUGGCGGUGGCCCCUUCGCUGGUUCUUUACCCCCUAGCAUGUCCAAUUCGAGUAUCUUGACUGGUCCUGCUCCAAGAGGGACGGUGGUUGAUCAGAACCCUCCAAUCAAUACGCUAUAUGUUGGCAACUUGCCCACCGGACCCAUGCCAAAUGGUUAUCCUGCCGGAUACUUAGAGGAUAGCCUGCGAGAACUGUUUUCGCGCCAGCCGGGAUACCGCAAGCUUUGCUUCAGGCAGAAGAGCAACGGUCCGAUGUGUUUUGUUGAGGUGAGUUCGGUUUAAUUUUGCUCUCCCAAGUUAACGUUAACGCACAAUUGAUGUCUUCGCAGUUUGAGGAUGUGAACUACGCAUCCAAAGCCUUGACAACAUUGUACGGGCAAACCUUGAAUGGUUUAGUCAAGAACGGCGGAAUCCGCCUUUCUUACAGCAAGAACCCACUUGGCGUGCGCACGCCUACUAGCGCGGGCAGUGGUCCUUCCCUACAGCAACAACAGUUCCAUGCUCAGCAAGGCGUCGUUUCCCCCUUCCCUUCGGAAGCGUUUCAGCCGCGUCAUUCUUUUGACGUAGACCCUGGCCCGCGACGCGACAGCACGGUCACUUCACCCGUCCCUUCUGCCUUCAGUUUUUCGCGCUCUCCUCCGCCACCUCGAUUUAUAUCCCCGUCUCCUCCAUCUUCGGGAUUUGGACUGGUUCCGCGGGGCGCCCAUAGCUUCGGGCUGCCUUCGCCUUCCCACAGCGGAGCACCAUCAACUUUCUCCCCUUUUGGCCUUCCCUUGUCGCCUCAUUCUGCUUUUUCUCACAUGCACAACUCGCAAUCCACGAUACCCGACUCAUUGAGCUCUGACAUUGCGUCAAUGGCUCCUGAUCAUUCGCAACACAUUCCUCACGGUGCGCUGUCGCCUUCUCCAAAUGCAUUAGAGGCUGCUAGGGCCGCCUAAGGGAGGAACAUUUUCCACAUUUUUUUCUCGCAAUACGCAUGCAAGCAUCUACAGAGCAUUCUGCAAACUAUAUAUUGUGUACCUACCAUCGCCAUGAUCAACACUCAAACAACUCAGAUUGCAUGACGUUUCUCAUCUGUUCGGACAUACCUUUUCGUCUGUUACUCAUUAAUCACUCCAGUUUACCACAUUCUGUUCUGUCUGUUUUCGUUCGUGUCUGUUCUCCUUCGCUCCACAGAAUCACCUAUUCUACCACUGCCAUUACCAUCGUCUCAUCACACUCGGUUCACUGAUAUCUCUAGUAUAUUACUUUACCAAUUUGUUUGAUCCCAGCCACUUCUGCAUUUUGUUAGUCACAGGUCUUAACCUCCACCAUCGCCCUUCCAUGUUCGACUUUGCAUACUUAUAACGUGAAGUUACACACUUAUCAUUACUUUCGCUGAAUAUGCGCUUGCGCAGUAUGUAUACUACUUUACACGAGUGAAUAUGAUAU